ACGUUUAAAGAAUGUAUUGUGUAGAAUGUCAGAGAGAACGAGAAAAAGCAAGUCUGUGAUUAUUGUUUAAAUAUGUAGAUUAAAUACGUACAAGACACAAGACAACAUAGGAUCGCGCCAUAUUGAAUAAAAUCAUUCGUCUGUUAAUUUUUACGUGAAGAAAAGUAGUAAGUGGCGGUAUAUUUGUUGAUUUUCAAUUGAAAAAAAUUGUGAUGAGUAUAAAAUUAGAAGUGGAUUAGAUAUGGUUAAAUUCUUAUUUUGUUAUUUUUACCCAAGUUAAAAAAAUCGAGUUAAUAGUUAAUAGUUGAUUUUAAUUCUGAAAAGUGUACGUGUGUGUACAGAGAUAAUCGAUUUGUCAACGCGAGGUUUAGAUUACAAUUUCGGUGCACUAAUUGACCCAAGGUACGUUCAAUUAUUUUACGGAAAUAUACCGUGUUGGGUGUCGUUAAAUUCGAUUUUUCGUGGAGGUUUCAGUGUUUGAGGUUAUUAGAUGUGAUUUUCGCGGGGAUUCAUGUAAAUAUCUAAAAUAAGUGUAAUAAAUAAAGCGUAGCAUCCUCGGGCCUCGGCCAUUCACAUCGCAUCGCAGCUGGCUUAUGAGGUGUCGGUCGCUAUACCUAUGUAUAUGUAUUAGCCUUUUCCGGUAUCGGGAAUCAUUUAUAAAAAAGACUGUAAUUUGCAAAUGGAAUACGGGUUAAUCGUGUGUGAUCAACAUUAAUUGUGAUUUUUAUGAACUGAAGUAUUUUACAUUUCAAUAUUGUUCUAUUUGUAUUUGAACUGAUCAGCCUGUAAUAAUGUUUAUGAUCAGUCAAUUGGAACUUGUUGGGUAAUCAAAUUCAUAAUAAUAGGAAGUUAGGAAAAAUCGUUCUUUUGGAAAUAUGGAAGUUGAUGAAGUUGUUGUGGAUUUAAGUGUAGGGAAUUCAAAUCGACAAUCAUCUUCUGUACCUCCUACUUGCCGUGAUAGUGUUCAAAUUGAACCAAGGGUUCCUGCACCACCAACAGCAACAAUGGUUAAUUCUAGACGAGUUUUAAGACCUCGUACUGAACCAAGAAGCUAUGUAGAGUCCCCAGAUGCCCUUAUAAAUGGAUCAUUAGAUAGAAGACUUAACGGGAUUGGAAUGGACUAUGGCGAUAGCGAUUCUAGUGAUGGAGAAAUGCCUCCAUUGCCACCACCAAUUAAAGAGUUAUCACCAGCUGAGCUCAAACAAAGGGACAGGGGACUUCGUAGGUUAAGAGAAGAACUUCGGGCUGAAGAAAUGAAAUUAGUUCUAUUAAAAAAAUUAAAGCAAUCCCAACAGUUAAAGGAAAAUGUUGCAGUUCAAUUACCUCCAGGAGUUCCUCCUUCUGUUCUGCCCCCUGCAGGUUUGCCAAGCGGUUUAAGUAUAACACCUACGAUAGUAAAGAUACCGCCAAAUAAUAGCAAGACUCAAUCACCCCACACUGCUCACAUGAGACAUCCAAAUACCUCAAAUUCACAUUCAAAAACUGUUCCUCAGAAUGUUCCAUCUCUGUUAAGAGGGCAACCACCUGCUGUUCGGAGCAGCAUUCAUGCGCCCCAAAUUACUGCAACUCCAUUGUCUAGUGGCAGAGCCACCAAUUUGUCAGUUCCACAACCACCGCAAAGGUCCAGUAUGGGACGAACUUCUAACACGUUUCCACCAGGUGUUAAGGAUUUGUCACCUUCUGUCACUAUUACACCUGCUCCACCUCAAUCAGUAAAAGAACGGUCCAGAGAAGAUAAUCAAACACCUGCACAAAGACAGGCAGCCGCAAAAUUAGCUUUAAGAAAACAACUUGAAAAGACUCUUUUACAGAUCCCACCGCCCAAACCGCCUCCCCCAGAGAUGCAUUUUAUUCCUAACCCCAGCAAUACAGAAUUUAUUUAUUUGGUCGGUUUGGAACACGUAGUAGAUUUUCUUACAAAGGAAACUAAAGUACCUUUACCUCCUCAACCAUUCUCGUGUAGCCAAUGCAAUAUGGAUUUUACUCCCGUGUGGAAAUGGGAAACCAAAAGCAAAAAUAAAGGUCACAGGGUAAUCUGUGAGCAGUGUGUUACAAAUAAUAUUAAAAAGGCACUAAAGGCAGAACAUACAAAUAGACUGAAAACUGCUUUUGUUAAAGCGUUGCAACAGGAACAGGAGAUAGAACAAAGGCUGGCACAAAAUGGUUCGUUUUCUUCAAGCAGUCCGGCACCUUCGCCAUCAUCAGAGUCAGUACCAAAAUCAGUCACUCCUACGCCAUCUCGUCAUGCAGCAACUCCCACUCCGCCCGCACCACCACCCCCGGCUCAGCCAACUCCCCCACCACCACCACCCAGAAGUUCGCAUCAAUCAUCGCAGUCUGCACAAGAUAAGUACAGCGCACAGAACGCUGCCGCUAUGCAAGCGCUUCAUCAGCAACUCUUGAGAAGUAUAACUCAAGGAGGACCGCCGGCAGCGCAUCUGAUGCAGUUUUCUCCACUUUUCUAUCCAUACCAAUUAGUCAUGGCGCAGGCACAAGCCGCAGCCAAUAGCGGAAAGAAUAGCGGGGUUACGCCUAACAUUGCUGAACAGAUGCAGAGGGCUGCUGAUCUACAAAGGCAGUACUUACUAGAUAUGAUUCCUCCCACAGCUGGUCAGCGACACAACUGGAAAACGUGAUGUGAUUAACGGCAAAUUGUGUAUUAGUUUAAAUUGCUGAUAGCAAAGCAAAAAACUUAGUUCUUAAGUUAUAAUAUGACGUGGAUGUAUUUAAAUUUUCAUAAUGAAAAGUUAUUUUGUGUUUCCAUUAACGGCGUUAUACUAUGACAACAUUAAGCGACUUUUCGCGACAUACUUUUCUUAGUUGGA